GUGGGCGGGCAAGUGGCGUUCUAUGGCAUGCCUGGCGGCAGCGACACCCCCUCCUGGGUGCGCCUCACCGAAACAGCCAACGCGGGCGCGCGCUCCAUCCUCGUCGACACUGACGUCACGCUGUGGGCGCCGGGAAUGACGGUCGCGCUGGCGUCCACGUCAGCAGAUCUCAACGACGCGGAGCACCACGAGAUAGUGUCGGUCGCCGUGGUCCGGGCGGCAUCUAAACCCGGGAAAUCUGACAGGAUCUAUAGAAUCAAUCUCAAGACAGCGCUGAGGCAUAGGCACGAGGGAGUGGAGAUCUCGGAUGGCGUGGGAGGGACAGUGGGGAUCUACGGCGAGGUCGCGCUGCUAAGUCGGCGUAUCGUGAUCACUGGGAGCGACGAGCCGCCGCCACAUCAAUACGAUGGCGGUAACUUCAUGGUCUAUAUGACGCCUACUGCCCAAAAGAUCGUGGGCGUGCAAUUUCGAGGGCUGGGGAAGCAGGGCACGCUGGGUAAAUACCCCCUUCAUUUCCACGUGUGCGGGCAGCAAGGGCAAAACCACAUCGUGCGGAAAAACGCGAUCGUUUUUACGAAGCAGCGGUGCAUGGUGAUCCACGCGACUGGUAACAUGACGAUCGAGGAAAACGUUUCGUACGAAACCAAGGGCCACUGCUACCUGCUGGAGGAGGGCUCCGAAAUGCGAAACCUGUUUCGGCGAAACCUUGGGAUCAACGCGCGGAAAGUCACAAAAGUCAUCCCGCCGGCGACCUCCAGCCGUUUGGACUUCCAGACCGACAAGCAGCCGACGAUGUUCUGGCUCGCGACGCCCUUCAGCAGUUUCGUCGAUAAUGUCGCUGCCGGGUCGGAGGAUUCUGGUUUCUGGCUGGAGGCCAACCCCUACAUGCGGGGUCUCUCGCGCCUGCUGCCCGACAUCGGCUCAACGGUGCCCUUCUACUACAACUGGGGCACGUGGGAUGGCAACAGCGCCCACUCCAACCUCUUUGGCGUCCGCACCUACCCGCAUGGGUCGAGGCCGCACUACCCUUCUCCCACCAAGAAUCCCCGCGUCUCCCUUAAGAACUUCCUCAUUUACCGCAACAAGGCGGGAAUUUUCCUUUUCAACAGCGAGCGCCUCAUAGUGGAGAGCGGGGUGUUUCUCGACAAUGGCAUCGGCAUCGACUUGAGCCGCAAUGCCGGGGUUCAGGCCAAGAACUGCCGCUUCAUUGGGCGAUCCUCCGCCACUUGCCCGUCCUCCAAUCAGCAAGCCAUGGCUGCAGCAACAGCCCUUGACAACGACACCACAACCCCGGGAUUGGAUGUCCCAACAGACCCCACAUCUCCUGGGCUGGGCGGCCCAACAGACCCCACAAUCCCAGAAGGACCCACGACUAUUUGGGAGCCCUUCACUCUGCAGGCAUCGCUUGGACCUCUGGAUCCCUUUGCAGACAACAGUGCCGGCACCAGCAGCAGCACCAGCAGCAGCAGCAGCAGCAGCAGCGGUGGCAACAAGGCGUUUCUGGAGUCAGGGGCGGUUGAUCCCAGUGUUGGCGUGCGUCAAAGGGCUGCUGUGAAGUGGGAUCCAUACAACAAGGCGUAUCGGGAUACCGAGGGGGGAGUGGUGAAUCCUCUCGGGCUGUCGCUGGGGAAUGAGGCGGGGUCGUUUGCAAAUCCGAUUGGGAUCACACUGAGCCAGAGCAACCCACAGGAUCACCUGUACCCGAACGCCAUCCAGAAUACAUCUUUCCACCGCUUUGGCACGUGCAGCAGCAGCAGCUUUGGCAUCGCCCUUAUUGCCAACAAGGCGGGUGGAUACUGGAACACUGCCAUGUUCGUUCAGGGUCUCUCUUUCAGUUCAGGGACCAACAAAUUCUGGGCCACACCCAAUCCCUCCUCCGGCACUCCCCCCCGCGGGGGGCUGCUCGCCCGCUUCUACGCCAUUCGGGAUCUCGACGGGUCCCUCCUCGGCCAAUCAGGCUACGCCGUUGCCAACUACGACCCCAUCCUGCCGCCCGACACCGUCCGCGCUUCCAAAUGCUCCUUCAUAAGCGCCUUCUCAGCUUACUCCUGCUCCUCAGUCUGCUACCGAUCGAUCGGCUUGGAGUACGACGAGUACGGGGUUCGGCCCAACGGCAUGUCCGGCCUUCCCAGAACAGUUCUCCGGCCGUACUCCUAUCUGAAGAUCACCAGGAUGGAUGAUGGGAGUUCCUUUCUCGCAUACGGGACGGAUAAUGACAAGCCCGGGAGCGGGCCGGCUGGUACCACAAAGAAGCGGCGGUUCUUGACAGCGUCGCUCUUAGCAGGGUAUACUUACCGGAUAGAGGUGGUUCCAGCAGAGACUAACAGCAACUUUUACCCGAGUAAAAUGCAGCUGAACGUGUUUGAUUGGCUGGGGUGUUCGGGCGGGGUCAAUAUAGUUAUUGAUUCGCCGAAUUCGAAAAGCAAAUGGAGAUCGGACGCGCCUACAGUGCCGUGCUCUUCUGCAAACGCGACGAGGGUUUAUAAGGAGUACGCGUGUGGGAACGGGAAGGCGCGACUGCAGCUGGACGUGGGGGCCAGCGCCAGCGGCAAGGGGAUGACUGACCUGUACCUGGAAACCGACACGACUACCUCGUGCUCUUCAGACUCGGCUUGCUCCUCCAGCACCUCGUCCCUGCCGCCCCUCUCUGUCUCGCCCCUGGGCGGCACCGAGUCGUCCUUUUCCUCUGUGGACCCUUUUUACGACCCAUCCUUCUAUGAGCCAGGCACAGGCAGCAUUAGUGCUAGCAGCCUGGCAUAGGCAGCAGCAGAAGCAGCAUAGGCAGCAGUAGAAGCAGCAGAAGCAGCAGCAGUAAUAGUGGCAGCAGAAGCCAAGUCGACCUUUUCUAUGGCCCGUCCUUCUACGAGCCUGGCACAGGCAGGCAGCCUGGCAUAGGCAGCAGCAGCAGCAGCAUAAUUUUCAGAAGCGUUAAUGGCAGCACUCUCUAGCAACAAUAUCUAGUCUUGGCUUGGCAGCAUGGGCGGGAAGAACGCCGCCGGCUGCUCCCUCUGUAGAAGGUUCAAAUGGGGGGUGGGGGGUGGUAGGGAGAGGUGGGGGGGUGGCUGGCUGGAUGCUGAGUUUUCAGAUUCCUCGAAACAGCUGCUGCUGCUGCUGCACCCUUGGCAGCAGGUAAAUAGGAUGGACAGUUUUUAGAUUUGCUGAAACCAUCUGCUGCUGUUUUGGGCAGCAGGUGGUACUGGUAUGGGUGGGUGAUACCUAUAGGAGGAUGCAUAUGUUGUAUCACCCACGUUGUGCGUUGAUGCAUUGAGCAAGAAUAUAUUGUGCAUAUCAAGACGGGGCAUUUCAGGGCAGCGGUAGCACAGAAUGCGUACUCUUGAUAGCAUACUUAAG